GCGAUCGGUUCGAUUUCGAUUCCCUCUUGUUAGUUGUCUCUCUUUUCUUGUGUUAGCUUUUCUGCUGUGUUGUUUAACUGUGUUUCUUUUUGUUUAACGUCUUUUGCGCGCGCGUGUGUGUGCUUUAAAAGCUCUUCACGCGCUCUCUGUCUCCCUUUCUCGCUCUAUCUAACUCUGUUUUGGUUUGCGUGUCGUCUCUCUCUCUCGCUCGUUCGCGCGUUCGCUUCGUCGUCGCGCACUUGUGGCGCAGUCAAGUUAAGAAAACCUGUGCAUGACAAGUGUAGACAAAUUGUAGAUAAAAAUAAAAUGAAAACGUAAAAAAAAGAGCUGAACCUGCAUUCAAAAUUUGUUUUUAUUGGAGUACAACAACAACAACAGCAACAACAACAAAUAUAGAAACCAAAGAGCAACGCUCAAUGCAUUUUAAGUUUCCUCCAUCCGGCAACACGCAUCGAUUAAGUUAAUAUUUUGGCCUUGAAAUGUUUCCAAAUCAAAAUAAUUUGGUCGCUCCGGGUGCAGCAAACGAUGCCCAACACCAACGGAACCUCAACUACAAUGGACUGCAACAGCAGCAACAGCAGCAGCAACAACAACAGCAGCAGCAGCAACAACAAAACCAACAAUUGUCACAGUCUGCCAAGAAUGUGAGGAAGAAACCGUGUGUAAAGAUCACGGAGCAACCGGCUGGAAAAGCGUUGCGUUUCCGCUAUGAGUGCGAGGGUCGCUCGGCGGGUUCGAUACCCGGCGUCAAUUCUACGGCCGAGAACAAAACCUAUCCGACCAUCGAGAUUUUGGGCUACAAAGGACGCGCCGUUGUCGUGGUGUCCUGUGUGACCAAGGAUAUGCCAUAUCGUCCACAUCCGCACAAUCUGGUGGGAAAAGAGGGCUGCAAGAAGGGCGUCUGCACGCUCGAGAUCAGCAGCGAAACGAUGCGCGCUGUGUUCAGCAAUCUGGGCAUUCAGUGUGUCAAGAAGAAGGACAUCGAAGCAGCGCUCAAGGCACGCGAGGAAAUACGUGUGGAUCCCUUUAAGACGGGUUUCUCGCAUCGUUUCCAGCCGUCGAGCAUUGAUUUGAAUUCGGUGCGUUUGUGCUUUCAAGUGUUUAUGGAGAGCGAGCAAAAGGGACGCUUCACCUCCCCGCUACCCCCGGUGGUGUCGGAGCCAAUCUUCGAUAAGAAAGCGAUGUCCGAUUUGGUGAUUUGUCGUCUGUGCAGCUGCUCGGCGAGUGUGCUGGGCAACACACAGAUCAUAUUGCUGUGCGAGAAGGUGGCCAAAGAGGAUAUCACGGUGCGCUUCUAUGAGGAGAAGAAUGGUCAGAUGGUGUGGGAGGCUUUAGGUGAUUUUCAGCACACCGAUGUGCACAAGCAAACUGCCAUUACAUUUAAAACGCCGCGUUAUCGUUCCCUCGAGAUCACGGAGCCCGCCAAGGUUUUCAUACAGUUGCGUCGACCCUCGGACGGCGUCACAAGCGAGCCAUUACCCUUCGAAUAUGUGCCAUUGGAUUCAGAUCCAGCACAUUUGAGGCGAAAACGUCAAAAGACUGGCGGUGAUCCCAUGCACCUGUUGCUCCAGCAACAACAGAAACAACAGCAACAACAACAGCAGCAACAUCAGAAUGAUCAUCAGGAUGGCAGACAAAACAACCUUAACUGUUGGAAUGCCCAGAAUAUACCGCCCAUUAAAACGGAACCGAGAGAUACCUCACCGCAACCAUUUGGCAUGUAUCGUGCGCCGCCAGAGUUGACACCCUCGCCGCAGCCAUUGUCGCCGUCGAGCAACUACAAUCAGAACAGCACUCCCUCGCCCUACAACAUGGCAGCGGCGGGAGCAACUGUGCCCGCCAACGGCCAACAGCAGCAGCAGCAACUGAUGUCGCCCAAUCAUCACCAGCAACAACAGCAGCAGCAGCAGCAACAAUAUGCUGAGCUGGGCAACAAUUACAAUCCUUUUGCACAGCAAUUGCUGGCACAACAACAGCAGCAACAUCAACAGCAGCAGCAACAACAACAUCAAAUGCAAUACAAUCCCAAUGCCAAUUCAAAUCCUUUUGUCACGGGUGGCAAUGCGGCACAUUGGGACAACAAAUUCUCAGUCGCUGCUGUGGCAGCUGCUGCGGUGUCGACAGCGCCUGCUGUUGGCAACAACAGCAACAAUCUAAGCAAUCUCAACAAUCCCUUCACCAUGCACAAUCUGCUGACUUCUGGCGCAGGCGCACCCAGCAAUCUGCAAUGGAAUUUGACCACAAAUCAUUUGCAAAAUCAGCACACCCUGCAGCAACAUCAGCAGCAGCAGCAACAGUUGCAGCAGCAUGGCGUACAAAUGCAUCAGCAAUACGACAAUAAUGUCAGCAACACCAACAAUGAUAACAGCAACAACAACAAUAACAAUGAGAACGGUCCAACGAUCAGCAAUCUGUUGAACUUUGACAGCGAGCAGCUGGUGCGCAUUAAUUCCGAGGAGCAGCAAAUGUUGCGUCUCAAUUCAGAAGAUCUGCAAAUAUCAAAUCUAUCAAUAUCUACGUAAUAGCUUACACAAAUUCUGCAGUUAUUAGUCAUAAAUUGCGUGUGUUUGAUACAAAUGUAAAAUGUGUUUUUAGCCUAAUGUUCUUUUUAAAUACGAAUAAAUUAAUCGUUUUAGCAAUAAGUUAACAAAUGUUGUUCCCAACCAUGUUAAAACUCUUGCAGUUGUCUUGCGAUGAAUAUUUAAUUUUAUACUAUUGUGCUAUUUUUAACUUGCAAAUACUUAAAUUGUUAACUAUUCUUUUAUUCUGAACUAUGUUUGCAAAAUUGAUUAACAAACCAUGUUAAAACUUUUCUAGUUGUAUUGCGAUAAAAUUGUAAAGAAUUCUUUUAUUCUGAAUUUGCAAUCAUUUAAAUGGUAAACUAUUCGUUUAUUCUGAAGUAUGUUUCCGAAAUUGUUCUUUAUACUUAGUGCUCACAGAAAGUCUUAGCAUGAAUUCAAUUGUACUAAGCUUGGAAAAAUUAUCUUAAUCUCUUCUAUUAUCCCUCAUUUGUACAUCAAUUAUCUUUGACAAUUCUCCGCAAACAUAGAACAUUUAUUCCGUUAAAUACAACUAUUUAAAUUUAAACGAAUUUUCAAACAUUGUAAAAGUAAUCGCAAUCAAGUAACAGACAACUAAGUAAUAUAACAUUGUAAGAACGUAACUAUUUAAAUUUAGAGAUUGUAGCUGAACUCUCGCUGCCAUGUAUAAUGUCCUUGAGUUCAUCAUCGUUGCUGUUGAAGAUGCCUCGCAGACUUUUCACCGCUGUCGGAAGGAGUGGCAAAGCAGGUGGCGGCGUGCCCGGAAACAUGUAAUAAGCAAAGAAGUGCAUCAGUCGGAACGUGGCAUGCUGAUAAGCCUGACCCUGAGCGAGGCACGUGCGAAUACGCUGCCCCACUGUGGCAGCCAGACAGUUUUGCAGCGUGACCACACGCUCCUCCUUCGCUUUGAGCUCCUCUUCCAGCUCUUCGGCGUGUUUCAUCAAUUUACUGCAGAACAAAAGCUUUAAAUCACCUGAAAAUAUUGUAAGUAUUCUUUGCUCACCUAAUAUGAAUCUCCAUCUCACAUUUGUAUUCCACCAGAUUCGUGCCCGAUUGCUGCAGUUGCUCCACAACGAGUUUAAUAUUCUCUCGCAACUUAUCCACAUACUUUUGCUUCUCGGAUAGCUCCGAUUUAAGUGCCAGAAGCUGCCCCGUGAGCUCUUCGAUAUCGAACUUUGCACCCUGGCACUCCAGCUGAACGCGUGUCAGCUGCUCCAACUGCUCACGUUGCAGUGCGUUGGCCUUGAACAACUCUUUCUUAGUGGCAGCCAGCAGCUCUUGCAGAUUAUCAAUUUCCUGCUGCUUGCUGACGUUCUCCUGGAUUAAGCGGACCUUCUCCUUGUUGACUUGAUCCAACACCAAGUUGAGCUCAUUGUAGGAUAACUUUGUCUUCGCGCUGUCAAUGUACGAUUGCUUCAGCUGAUCGUUGAGCGUGUCAUUGCGACGCUUCUCCACGGCAAAGAGCGUGUUGUACACAUGCAGCUGAUUGCGAUUUUUAACAAACUACAAAGAAACUUGUUUAGAACAUUUCACAAAAGAGUCACAACUUACAUUUCGCUUGAAAUCCUCCACCUGUUCGCUGAGAUGUUGCACUUCUUCACGUCGUCGUCGCCAGGAACGCAGCAUGAUGGUGUUGAAAACGCGCAAGCUGGCGAGGCGCACAUCCUGAUCCCCAUUGACGACAAAACGCACUUUGGCCUGCGGUGAACUGCACAGUUGUGAGGCGUCCUGGAACAACAGUUGUGCCAAGUUGUCAUCCUUGAUGGUUAGCUGAUUCUCCUGUCUGGACGUGGACACCAUCGCAUUGGAGUUAGUGGGAACAUGCGCCACCAGUUGAUAGUUGCCUGUACGACGAGCCUCCUUGAAGUCCAUCUGAGACACUGAUUUGCGUGCUCGGAAGUUCAGAAUGGCUGCCGUCUGCUGACGCUUAAGUGUUAAGUAUGGAGGCAACACAGCAGCAGCAGCAUCAGGAGGAGCAGCCGCAGCUGCUGCCUGUGUCUUUCCUUUUGGCUGCUGAACUGUGCGCGCAGAAUCGCUAGAGCUAGAGACGCUAUUGCUCAGCGAGUGAUCCGAGGAUGAUGGUGUGAGAAACAUUGGUUUCGGCAGCCUUGUUAGCUGCUGCCUAUUCUCAAAGCUGAAAAAAUUGGCUUAAAGAUUAAGAUCUCGAAUUGUGGUCCUGUGACUUACCUCUGUCGCUUCUUCAGCAAACGCUGGCCGGGAUAGUUUUUGCCUCUUGCCUGGGAGCUCAUAGAACUUUUGUUAUACGGCGUCCGUGGCUUUUUGGAACGCGGCGAAUCGUCGCUUUGUUCAUAGCUACGAAUACGCGGACUCUUUGGCCACAUUAUGUCAAAGUUUAAAUUAAGAUCGAAUUAUUAAGGGAGAAUUUAUUUGUUAUUCUCUAUUGUUUAUUUUUUUGUUACUCUGUUAUUGCAAUGCGUUCAGACUGUUCAGGAAAUUCACAAUGUUUCAACAUUUACAUGUAGAGCUAUAGCAAUUCCUGCAUGGUUUGCUUUGAUUUGUUUGGGAUUUUACAAUUGCAAAAUGGGUAAGUUAUAUAGGCAAUUAAUUAUUUACAUACAAUACUAAACAUAAAAAGAAAA